GUUGAGCUGUCUGCACACCCAUUCUUGUUGACGGGAUCCACUUUGCAUACUGAAUGGCAGGGUCGAAUGAGAGAAGGAUAGUGCUGCUGGGGAAAACUGGAGAUGGGAAAAGCAGUUCAGGAAACACCAUCCUUGAAGAAAAGAUAUUCCCUGUGUCUAGUGGACCUAAACCCAUCACACAGCAAUUUGAUGUCAGAGGGAAAAUCAUCAAUGGGAAGAAAAUCAAAGUAAUUGACACCCCAGGAUUUUUUGACUCAGAUUUAGCUGAUGAAACCUUGAGCCCUGAGAUUGUAAAAUGCAUCUCUGAAUGUUUACCUGGCCCCCAUUCUUUUGUGAUGGUGCUUCGUGCCGGUAGAUACACCUCACAUGAAAAGAUGAUUAUCAAGCGCUUCACAGAGACAUUCGGGGAGGACUUCUUCAAACACACAGUGGUAUUAUUCACCUGUGGUGAUAACCUGGACGAUUGUCAGAGGAUUGAAGAAUUUGUCGAGGAGAGUGAGGAGCUGAAGGUGCUGGUGCAGAAGUGUGGAGGCCGCUGUCAUGUGAUCGACAACAGGUACUGGAAGCAGGAGCACGAGUACAGGAGCAACAGGGUUCAGGUGGAGAAGCUCCUGAACACCAUCGAGGAGAUGGUCACACAGAAUGGAGGAGGAUGCUACACUAAUGAAAUAUGGCAAAGAAUUGAGGAAGAUGCACAGGCUGAGGUUAAGAGACUGAGGGGUAAGCAGAAGGGAAACCUCAGUGAUGCCAUCAGACAACAGGCUACAAAAAGUGUUUUAGAUAGACUCUUGAUAGAGUUGGCAGGGAUCUCCACAGGUGCAAUUAUAGGAGGUGUAUUUGGUUGCAUUUGUGUGAGUGGUUUAGGUCAUGGAGCAAUGUUGGUUGGGGGUGUUUCAGUCAUUGUAGGGGGUAUCUUUGGGCACGAGGGAGCUCAAGAUGCAGAAACACCAAGUGAAGCAGUGAAGAACACAGUUCAAAUAACUUGUGACACUGCACAAUUUGUCAUAUCAGGCAUAGAAAAAAUUCAAUUGGAGAGACAAAUGAAGAAGUAGCCAUAGUGCUCUACCGGUUCCAGUUUUCCAGAAUCUUUUUCCUUUACUCUGCAGCCCUGAUGCCUUCACCAUCUCAUGCGUGGAUUUCUGCAAUGGUGUCCUGUGGAGUUGUAAACCGGCUCCAAACCACCUGCCUGUGGUUUCACUUGUACCAAGCCCUGGCAGCAUAUGACCCCCACAUGCACUUUCAGUGGCUUCCAGUCAAGUCACUCCUCCUCCCCACCGAGACCCUAAUUGACCUAUACGUUACCUAUACGUGUCCACCCCUACACCUCAUCCUGAAAUGCGAAGUCUACGGACAAGUGCUGCACUCCCACUCUUUGGAACUCAUUCCCAUCUGAUAUCUGCAAUCAUGCAAUGCCAUUUCCCUGGAUAUAUCCCCCCCCCCCCAGCAUGCAUAUUUUAUGCGUUCUUUCCCCCUAUCUUCCCAGAACUUGUUAUAUUCCGUUCAAAUAAUUUGGUUAAAUAAAAACAUGUCUAGAACACAACUAAGUAAGUAUGCAAGCAAAUGCCUACAAUUACAUCUACGGUUGAAAUGUUCAAACAUAAAUUCUACAUCAUCUUUUGGCUUUUCAUCUUAGUUUAACUAUGAGAAAAUUAGGGGGACAUCCAACCUUCAAGAGAAGCAAAUGUGUUCUGAAAAUAAUAAUUUAUUUUCCUUUUGUUGAAAUCAAGGUCCAUGGAUGAGAUUGCUGU